UAUAAAGCAGCAGUAACGCGUGCAGGGCAUCGUUGGGUUUGGAGAGAGACGUCUGACGCUGCAGAAAUGAAGGUUGUGUUGUUGACGGUUCUCGGAGCCCUUUGCGUUUUAACCGAGGGCGCGCACAUCCUUCCACAGAAAGACUUCGACCUACAAAGGUUUGCAGGAAAGUGGCACCGGGUCGGAUUUGCCUACAACUCGGAUUGGUUCAGGCAGUACCGGGACAGCCUCAAGAUCAGUGUGGGUGUGCUGGUCCCCACGGAGACUGGCAGUGUCAACGUGACCAUGUGGCAACUCAAGUCUUCUGGUUGUCACAGUGUAACUUUCCUGUAUGAGAAGACAGACACGCCAGGUCAUUUCAAGUACUUCAGCACAAGGUCAAAUGCAUUGAAAGACAUCACAAUAGUGGACACCAACUACGACGAGUACGCUCUGGUCCUCAAAAGCAAUCCGACAGGGAACACACAGGUGGCCAUGUAUGGAAGGAAGCAGAAGCUCAGAGCAGAGCUGAUGGAGAAAUUCAAAGCGUUCUCGCUGGCCCAGGGCUUACCAGAGGAUUCCAUUGUGAUUCCACUCGCCGCAGAGGACUGUCCUUAAGGUGGAAUCGAGGAGUCCUUGCUUCAAACCAUGUUGCUUUUAUUUAAUUCAGAGACUUCGUUUGAAUCGCAGCACCUGAUCCACACGCAAAGCCGCUCUUCCUGACAUUCAUCGACACCGUCGUCCGCUGGCUUCCUAAAGCUUGUCCUAAUCGAACAAACGGAACAUUCCUCCCAAACGGAAUGCAGAGCCUUCUACAAGCUCUGUAACCUUGGAAACCCCAUUCCGAGCAAGUUAUUUCAUUCCACAAACCUUUUUAAGCAAUGUAACCUUUUUAAUGAAUAAAUACAAUUAAAUAAACAA